CCAGUCCAAAAAUUCAACCUAGAGACAGUGAAUUCGAGAGAGAAACUUCACACUCGUUAGGUGAACAAAACAUACUCAAGUAUCACGCUAUGAAGCGGCAGAAGGGUGGUCUAACGAUUUCUAGGCGCGUUACGCGAUCGACGACCACGCUUGAUCGAAACUCACUGACGCUUCCUGUGGAGGUUGUUACAGAGAUACUCUCGAGGUUGCCGUUGAAGUCUAUAGCGACAUGUCGUUGCGUAUGCAAGCUCUGGUCCUCCGUGCUUCGCAGUCAAGAUUUCACAGACUCCUUCUUGACCAAAUCUUGCGCUCGCCCUCGGCUUCUUUUCGCCUGCCAUGAUCACCGCCGCGAGAUUCACUUCCUAUUGUCAUCUCAGCUUAAUCAUCCGAAACACAACUCGUAUGUUGUAGCCACCAAUCAUAUUACACGUUCCCCAGGUUACUAUAAACUAUUUGGUUGUACCAACGGCUUCUUCUGUUAUGGAGCUAAGCAAGGCAGGAACAAACCAGUGCUUGUCACGGUGAUAUGCAACCCCAGCACAGGACAGUCCUUGACCUUACCAAGAUUGAACUCAAAAGAGAAGUAUAGAGUGGAAAGCUAUCUUGGAUAUGACCCCAUUGCGAAACAGUUCAAGGUAUUGUCUCUAUGUGAUGAUGGUAAGGAGCACCGUGUUCUGACAUUAGGAACCAAGAAACAGUCAUGGAGGUUGGUCGAAUGUUGCAUCCCACACUGUUCUUCAGGCAAGUGGAUAUGCAUCAGUGGGGUUUUGUACUAUAUAGCUACAGAAUCUGGGUCUUCUUCACGGGAAUCUAUGGUAGUUUGUUUUGAUUUGAGCCGGUCUGAGAAGUUCAGCUCUGUGAAGCUCUUGGGAGAUUUCAGUAAAGCACUGCCUCAUUCAGCAACUAUGAUAAACUACAAUGGCAGAUUAGGUUUGCUUACGUCGUCGGAACAUUCUUGGUAUGUUAGUCGAUCAUGUAAAAGUUUUAAGCUGUGGGUUCUUCGAGAUGCUGCAAAACAUGAGUGGUCCAAGCGUGUAUACGUAUUACCACCUCUGUGGAAGGAUGUAGUUGUCGGAGACAUGUACAUCGCUGGAAUGGUUGGUACAAAUGAAAUCGUCUUCACCCCGAGCUACCAAAGAGUGCCUUACUAUGUCAUCUACUACAAUGUCAAGAGCAAGAUGAUCAGAAAAGUUGGUAUCCACGGAAUGGAAGCGUUUGAGGGUGAGAGGAUAAACACCUAUCUCAACUAUGUUGAGAAUGUGGAGCUUCUUUAAGCAUUUCAAGUGAGAUUAAGUGUAGUAUUCAUUUGGAAUGUGUUUCUUAGUAAAAAAUGUAGAAGAUUCAACAAGGGUACGACAGACAGUCUUCUUGUUACAAAUUGCUGUAAUAGAGAGAGCACAAGUUUUCAUAAGCUUGCCAGAGAAUGAUGUUUGUCCAGACCCUUGUAGAUGAUAUGAUAAAUCACAAGUUGUAUAUCUAUUUC